AUGAAUUGAUUCGGCAGGCUUUUGCUGAGUAAGUUAAUGGGUUUGUGUGGAGUGUGAGGGUAGUUUCGCACUAUUCAAAUCAACAGCAAUGGCAUGGAUGUGCUCUACAGAAGGGCUUCUCUCACCUACAAGGUCAUUGGGGGUGUUUUCGACUUUUACUUCUUUGCUGGCCGACGCCGUUGGGCUUUGUCAACCAGUACACGGCGUUCAUCGGCAGACCGGCCCGAUGGCCUACUGGUCUCUUGUACAUAAUAUGGUUUGGUUAGUUCACCCAAGAAAAAGGAAUGUGGAUGUUGUCUCUGGAAUCCUAUCGUCAUCUACCUCGCAUGCAAGGCUUUGGCUCUUUCAAUUGAAACCAAAACGUGUUUCAGUUCUGAGGAAGAGCAAGGAAAAGGGAGAACCAUUAUUAGAAGAUCUUCCCAAAGAGUACUACGAUGAUUUGACAAUGACUUUGGGGAAAUUGAUUGAGUCUGCAUUCAAUUCUAAGCCAUGAAGGAUUUGAUAAACCCACAAUUGAUAACAAUGUGCGGUGGCACCAACGGUUUUGGACAAGGAACAAAUAAGUACCAUUUUGCUUCAUUGUUCCAAAGUAUUAUGUAGAGCUUGCUUUAAUAUCUUGGCUUCUUGGCUGUAUGUGGGGUGUCUGAGAUAGGAUUUAGGAGAUUUGGUUUAGGGUUUGCAGAGAGAGAGAGGGAGAGAGAGAGAGGGGGGGGUCUCCAAGAGAAAUGUGGGAGGAUUUAGUCGAGGGAUUUCAGGGAUUUGUUUAGGGUUUCUUUUCUGCAAUUUGCAAACAGAGAGAUGGGACAAGGGUGAGAGAGAGAGAUGGGAGGAUUUUCUGCGAGGGUAAAGGGAACGGGUAAGGGAGGUAUGGGUAUGGGUAGGGGAUGGAAAAGCAUUUCGUUUUCCAUUUGCUUCCUGAAACUCGAGGGAUUUCUGCGAUUGCAGAUAGAGAUUUUCUUAUUAUGAAUGUUGUCUGUUCUUUUACAUGAAACUCUAGAAGCUGACAUUAGGAUGUUCAGGAAGAAACUGACUUUUAAAACGACUCCAAUGCCAAUCUUCUAUCAAGAGCCUCCACCUCCUAAAGCGGACCUGAAGAAUUUAUUCUUUUUUUCUUUCAAAAUCACAAAUGGCAUGAUGUAUAUUCUUUUGUUCAUGUGCAAUUCCCAGUUCUCUGGUGAAUCUAAUUUCAUGCUUUAGUUUGGAGAAAUUUUUGUCAUAUAUAGAAAAGUGGUGUGGCUAUUAUAUGAUUGGCUAACAAAUAAUGCCUUUAGCACUACCUUCUCUCUCACUGAGCCCUAGCUCAACCCCUCCUCUGCCGUCGCUAACCUGCGCCCUCCACUGCCCACACUUCGAAUGGUGCUCUAGGUGUACACACCAGUUCAAUCUCCACCGUCCGGUCAUCGUCGAUGAGGCAACGGAGUUCUUCAAGACAGUUGGAGUCUCAGAUUUCACUUUUGACAGUUGCAAAUUGCUCAAUCAUCCAAGUAUAAAUGCUGUUGUGGAGUUGCUUAAACAAGAUCCCUUUUUGGUUAUUAAAACUCAAUGUUACCUGCUUUCAUUUCCAGUUUUUGAGUCUUCUAUUUGUUUGCUUGCUGCAAUUAUUCAACUUAUGCCGCUAUAAUAUUUGUUUCCUUCUGUUUUGUCCUCUGCAUUAACUAUCAUUUGGAUCAUGUGAAUGACAACUUUCAUGUAUAUUUCGAAUAAUGA